AUGGCCUCAAACUCGGGAAUUGCUGCUGAUGAUGGUGAGAGCAGCAAGAAUUGUACCCUGGAGAGAUGCCUGAAUGUAUUCCGCGAUGCAAGCAAUGAUAGCGAACAAUUUGCAGCUUUGCUUCUGGUGACCAAAGCGAUCAAAGCAGGAGAAAUCAAUUCCAAAGCCCGUCGAAGGAUUUUCGACGCCGUCGGCUUCACAUUCCCAAACCGGCUUCUGACUUCCAAGGAUCCCCCCGAGGGCUGCCCCCAGCACACUUUCCAAGCCCUGGGCCUCACUUUGCUGGCCUGCUUCUGCACCGAUCCAGAUUUAGCCCGGCAUCCGCAGAUGCUGAACAAAAUCCCCAUUCUGAGUGACGUGGUUUCAGCCAAGACCAGAGAUGCUUCUUACAGCGCCAUGAUUGACGACGCCUACCAAUGCCUCCGAGCCAUCUUGGCUACCUCUAAGGGUCCCAGAGAGUUGAUCAACAGGGGCGCCCUCUCUGCCCUCUGCCAGGCCUACGUGAACCACAGCUAUGGCUACGAUCAGGCCCUUCAGCUGCUGCUGGGGCUUCUGACGUCAGCGGAGACCAAGUGUUGGCAGAGAGCCACCACUGACCUCACGGGCGUGCUUAAUGUCCUCAGUGCGGAGUUCCAGAAGGCCGAAGACAUGACCAAAUUCCAGCUGUGCGAGGUGCUGGCCCGCUUCGUGCCUCCUAUUCUCCCCCCUGGCUCCGAAUGCCUCCUGCUCCUCUACCGAGGCCUGUCGAGCAUCUUAACAAGCAAGCUAAGCACUUCCCAGCGAGACCCGGCCUUGAAGCUUUCGGCCUGCCUCUCCCAAGCCUGCAGCUCGGCCUGGAUCCCCGCCGGCAAUUCCGGCAGCAAAUUCUUUGCCCUCUUGAUCAACUUGGCUUGCGUGGAGGUCCGCUUGACCUUGGAGGAGCUGGACCUGACGGAGGUGGAUAAGAAGCGGGAACUGAUGGCGGCCUGCUACGUCCUGAUGGAGCUGGCCAUUGUGGAAUGCACCCGAGAGAAGGGCUCUCUCCUGCAAGACACCCAGAAAGUGCAGCUGGUGGGGAUCCUGGAGGAAGCUUUGGGGGCUGUCAUACAUUACCUGAGACAGGUUGGGCAGAAGAAGCUGGAGGAUCCUUUCAUCUUCGCCUCCGUUCGAAUCCUGGGCGCCUGGCUGGCUGAGGAGACCUCGUUCCUCAAGCAGGAGAUCUGCAACCUGCUCCCGUUCCUCGUUUAUUACGCCAAGGUGCAGUUUGAAGAAGAGAGGAGAAGCCGCCGAAGUGCUUCCCAAUCGGAAAAGGAGCAGGCCGGACAAGGCCCCAUCGCAGAGCCUCUGUGGCGGGGAGACGCUCUGAGAUUCCUGUUACCUGGUUUGAGCCACCUGACUGCAGAAGAUCGCCCCCGUGAGAUCCUAAUUUCCGAGGGGGCGCCGGUCCUCUUGUGCCAAUAUUUCCUGCACCGUUGGGAGACCUUUGUUUCAAACACUGAAUCCCAGUCUGCUUCAAAAGUGAUUGAAGCCAGUCUUCAGACCUCCUGCGAGAUUUUCCUGAAUUUCGUUGUCACCGCUCCCGAUUUAAUCAGCCGAGAAGAUUGUUUCUCAGCCUUGAUGGACACGGUGCUGAAAUCUCUUCCGUCUCUGCUGCCACAGAGAGAACAUCUCAUUUUGAGUGCCAACCUGGCUACGCUGGGGCUAAUGAUGGCCCGGAAACUGUUCGCUUAUGCAGGUCUGCAGGGGACUCCCGAAGCGGAGAGCUUCUUUGGCGCCACCAUCCGUUUCCUUGCCGAAGCUUACAUGGCCCAAGCCAGCACCGAGGGGGGGAUCGUGACCCUCGGCGUUUCGCCCGCCUACAAGGCCGCCUGGCCGGCCAUCCGCGAGUUGUGGUUUUUGGGGAUGCAGGCCUUUGCUAGCUGCGUGCCUCUCUUCCUGUGGCUGCCCCAGGACGUCCUGCGUUCCGGCUGGCUGCAGGACCUCUUGGCCUUGCUGGGCCGCGUCGUCCCAUCCUCCGUGGAUAUGGAGGUGGUGAGGGCUUACCAGGGGGUCUUGGUGGAGCUGGCCAGAGCCAGCCAGCCAUGCCUGGAGAGCAUCCAGCAACACCGGGGUUUGGAGCUGGCCAGUCUGUAUGGCAUGGCCGCCUUAGAACAGUGCCUCUCCGAGCAGUGAGCGUGCUCGGGAACAGGUGGUGGGAGAAAGGUGCAUUCUCCCAGAAGUCGCAGCUUCCCUCUGUGUCCU